AUGGCGAAUCGUUUUAACUGGAUCAGAACAGCACAUCAUAUAAAUCUGCUACGGAAGCUUGAGAAGAAAGUCACGGUCGGGGAAUCGAAAGUGGUGAAAUUCCAGCGCCUUUCUGCUCUUCUCCGAGAACAAGUGCUUGAGGCCACCGAGCAAGAAAAUGACACAUCAAUUUCAGCGCUUCCGUUGUCAUACGCGGUCAUUCGACAGAUGGCCAUUAGGCUGAAUACUGACCACAACCUCAUCGAAGGUUUCAAAGCCUCGAAAUCAUGGAUUGCCAGCUUCGUGCGCGAAUGUGGUCUGUGCUCAAGGCGAGUGACGCGCUCCGUCACAAUACGGAAUAUUCGUCAGAGGAAGGACGUGGAAGUGGAGGCAGGCUCUUUUGUGAGCCGUAUCAGGGAGGAAAUGAAGAGAUACCAUCUAUCUGCAUUUGCCAAUGCAGAUCAGACUGGGAUAAACAAAGAAAUAGUUUCGAAAAGAACGUUAGCUCCUUGCGGCUCAAAACAGGUGAUGAGAAGUGGUGCAAUCCACUUCAUCACUGACGCACUCCUUCCUGUGCCCGUCAUGUAUGCCGACGGGCGGCUUGGAGACAACCUUCUUGUCAUGCUCUCUGAACGAGGAGGAGUCUUCCCGCGAUGCGGGCAUUGGCAGGCAAGCAACCUGCUGGUGAUGGCUGGGAAGUCGCACAUAAUGACGAAGUCGCAGGUGCCCUCGUUCGUCAAGGAGUGCGUGGUUGGGUCCUCAUCCCCUCCAUUCACCAUACUCCUUGUCGAUAGCUGGGCCGGUUUCACGGAUCACACUAAUGUGUUGUCAGAGGUGCCGCAAGGGAAAGAACUUCGGUUAAUGACAAUCCCUGCUGGAGCAACGGCCCUCUGCCAGCCAUUAGAUGUGUAUUUUUUCGGUUUAUUCGAGCGAUACAUUCGUUGCAUUUAUGACCAUGUUGGGCACUACCAUCAUGGCUUUACAUUUGGCAGAGACAACAUACUAAAAGUAAGUUCUUCGUAUUAUUAA